AUGCCGACAAAAUCCUUCUCAAGGCAAGUUAUCCAAGCUGGCCCACCUUGCUUCACCGUUGUCACACCUCGGCUAACAAUCUUUCUCUCCCUUCCACAGAUCAUUGACAGCGCCAAAUCUUGGAGAGAGGCCUGGAUUUCCCUUGUAACCUCACAGCUCGGGAUAGCUACUGAAUAUGAAGGCUUAUACGACCCCAUUGUCGGCGCGACCGAUGGCCACGGGAAAGAGAUGACACCGACGCCUGAAUCACAGCUACAGCGCACCCUGAGGCUCUGCGAGGUUUACCGCGAGCUCAAGGACGAGCUGAUGGAGGAAAUUGGCCAGAUAGAACCUCGUGUCAUAAAGCCGGCCACGGAUGCUAGGGAUUGCAUACAGCCUAUUCGCAAGACUAUCAAAAAGCGCGAGAACAAGCGCCUUGACUACGAGAAGCAACAGGACAAAGUGAACAAGCUCGCAAGAAAGUCAGGCAAGACGCCCAAGGAAGAGAAUCAGUUGGUCAAGGCGCAGGAAGACAUGAACAACUUAGCAGAGGAAUUCCACAUUGCGGAUGGACACUUGCGCGAGACGCUGCCGCACAUCGUCAAUGCCGCAUUCAACAUGGUUCCGCCCUUGCUCGGCUGUCACGUUCUUAUACAAAACAAGCUUCUUGGGCUUUACUACACCUUCCUCAACGGUUACUGCGAGGAAGUUGGCUUCCCAUCGCCCCCGCCUCCUAUGGAGCAGGUCGUCGCCGACUGGACCGCCGAUUUCAAGCCAGUUCAAGCUGAGAUGGAACAGAUCGGCUGCGUGUCGCGCGGCAAGGCCAUUCAUAUGUCAAUGCGCCUGCCUACCGAGCAGCCCGAGCAGCCUGGGGCCCGCCGUAUGGCCGCUCCGCCUCAAUCUGACGCCUUGCGCCGCACCUCAACUGGCCUCAUACCCGGCAACGACCCCAAGGGCCGGCUCCAACGCAUGUCCUCGGCGCCAGCGCCCCCGCCGCCAGCCCAGCCUUCCCCGCGCCCGGGUCUCGGCGGCGCCCACCUCCGCGCUACAGACUUUACGACCGCAACGGCGCUUGGUGAGCCGUCCUCGGCACCCCUUGUCGUUCGUCCAAGAACGCAGGGUCCGGUCGACUAUUUUGGCCACGACCGGCCUUCGCACUCGCCAGCCGGCACACCGGGCGGCUACAGCCACCCACAACCCCAUCGCCAGCCAUCAUCAUCCAGCAUCAGCGCCGCUUCUAUCGCGGCCAAGAAGAAGCCCCCGCCGCCGCCCCCGCCGAAACCGCGCAUCCCCGCCGCAAAACCGCCGGACGAGUUUGUGGUCGCCAUGUUUGCGUUCCCGGGACAGGGCAAGGGUGAUUUGUCAUUCCAGGCCGGCGACCGGAUCAGGGUCAUCAAAAAGACCCAGACGGCUGACGACUGGUGGGAGGGCGAGGUUGGUGGGCGUAAGGGCAGCUUCCCUGCUAAUUACUGCCAGCCUGCUUGA